AUGAAAGAAGUUGUGGUGGAUAUAGCUCCAAAAAGGAUCAAAGGCAUAGAUUUUAGUGCUCUCUCUGCAAGUGACAUUGUUGCGCAGUCAGAAGUGGAGAUCUCUACGCGAGACCUUUUCGAUCUGGAAAAUGGGCGAGCUGCUAAGGCAGGCGGUGCUUUAGAUACCCGAAUGGGUGUUUCGUCUUCGCACGCGGAGUGUGCAACAUGUCACGGGAAUCUAGCUUCAUGUCACGGCCAUUUUGGGCACAUCAAACUUGCACUGCCAGUUUUUCAUGUGGGAUACUUCAAAGCAACAAUUCAAAUCUUACAGGCCAUUUGUAAGAGUUGUGCUGCUGUUCUUUUGAGCGAAGAAGACAAAAGACAGUUCCUAUCAGAGCUGCGUCGGCCCGGCAUUGACAACCUUAGAAGAAUGGCCGUGCUUAAGAAAGUGCUAGAUCAGUGUAAAAAGCAGCGUCGAUGCUUGAAGUGUGGUGCUUUGAACGGUGUCGUAAAGAAAGCGGCAGCAGGUUCAGGAUCUGCGUCUCUGAAGAUCAUCCACGACACCUUCCGUUGGGUAGGUAAGAAGUCCGCGCCAGAGAAGGAUAAAUGGUUAGGUGAUUGGAAACAAGUAUUAACGCAUAAUCCCGAACUUGAGAGAUACGUAAAACGGUGCAUGGACGACUUGAACCCAUUAAAAACGCUCAAUUUAUUCAAACAGAUUGCUCCUGGAGAUUGCGAGUUGUUGGGUAUAGAUAGCACCUUGAAAUCAGGAAGGCCAGAAACCUAUAUCUGGAGAUACCUUCCUGCACCACCCGUUUGCAUCCGCCCCUCGGUUAUGAUGCAAGAUUCUCCCGCCUCUAACGAAGACGAUCUGACAGUGAAGCUGACCGAAAUUGUCUGGACGUCGUCUUUGAUUAAAGCAGGUCUUGAAAAAGGUAUUUCUAUCAACAACAUGAUGGAGCAAUGGGAUUAUUUACAGUUGGCCGUUGCUAUGUAUAUUAACUCAGAUUCCGUGAAUCCAGCAAUGAUGCCGGGUGCUUCUGGAGCUAAAACCAAGCCAAUUAGAGGUUUUUGUCAAAGAUUAAAGGGUAAGCAGGGUAGAUUUAGAGGUAAUUUGUCGGGUAAGCGUGUAGACUUUUCAGGUAGAACGGUUAUUUCACCUGACCCUAACCUAUCCAUUGAUGAAGUGGCGGUUCCCGAUCGUGUUGCUAAAGUUUUGACUUAUCCGGAAAAGGUCACUCGUUAUAAUAAGCGCAAGUUGCAAGAAUUGAUUAUUAAUGGUCCAAAUGUACAUCCUGGUGCCAAUUAUUUACUUAAGAAGAAUGAGGACGCUAGAAGAAAUCUUCGUUACGGUGAUAGAAUGAAGCUUGCUAAAAAUCUGCAGUAUGGUGAUGUUGUGGAGAGACAUAUUGAGGAUGGUGAUGUUGUUCUAUUCAAUAGACAACCUUCUCUUCACAGAUUAUCAAUCUUAUCGCAUUAUGCCAAGAUUAGACCUUGGAGAACUUUCAGAUUAAAUGAGUGUGUGUGUACGCCAUACAAUGCUGAUUUUGAUGGUGAUGAAAUGAAUUUGCAUGUUCCGCAAACUGAAGAGGCUCGUGCGGAAGCCAUUAACCUUAUGGGUGUGAAAAAUAAUUUAUUAACUCCAAAAUCUGGUGAGCCGAUUAUUGCAGCAACUCAAGAUUUCAUUACAGGGUCUUAUUUGAUCUCUCAUAAAGACUCGUUUUUUGACAGAGCGCAAUUAACCCAACUCCUUUCUAUGAUGUCUGAUGGUAAUUUGCAAUUUGACUUGCCUCCACCAACUGUGUUUAAGCCGCAUUUCUUAUGGACGGGUAAGCAGGUUUUCUCAUUAUUAAUUAGACCAAAUAAGCAGUCCCCCGUCAUUAUCAAUUUAGAUGCCAAGAACAAGGUUUUUAUCCCUCCCAAAGAUAAGAGUUUGCCAAGUGAAAUGUCUCAAAAUGAUGGUUUCGUUGUUAUUAGGGGUUCAAACAUUUUGAGUGGUGUAAUGGAUAAAUCAGUGUUAGGUGACGGUAAAAAACAUUCCGUUUUCUACACUAUAUUAAGAGACUUCGGUCCUCAAGAAGCAGCAAACGCUAUGAAUAGAAUGGCAAAACUCUGUGCAAGGUACUUGGGUAACCGUGGUUUUUCUAUCGGAAUUAAUGAUGUAACUCCAGGUACUGAGUUGAAGCAGAAAAAAGAAGAAAUGGUCGAAGAAGCUUACGCCAAGUGUGAUGAACUGAUCAAUUUAUUCAAUAGUGGUAAAUUGGAAACUCAACCGGGUUGUAAUGAAGAACAGACACUGGAAGCAAAAAUUGGUGGUCUAUUGUCGAAGGUGAGAGAAGAGGUUGGUGAAGUCUGUAUCAAAGAGUUAGACAACUUGAAUUCGUGUUUGAUCAUGGCCACUUGUGGUUCGAAAGGUUCGAAUCUUAACGUGUCUCAGAUGGUUGCAGUUGUCGGUCAGCAAAUUAUAUCUGGUAAUCGUGUGCCGGAUGGUUUCCAAGAUCGUUCCCUACCUCAUUUCCCAAAGAACUCCAAAACGCCUCAGUCUAAAGGUUUUGUGAGAAAUUCCUUCUUUACAGGGUUGUCACCACCAGAAUUUCUUUUCCAUGCAAUUUCAGGUCGUGAAGGUUUGGUCGAUACUGCUGUGAAAACUGCCGAAACCGGUUACAUGUCCCGUCGUUUGAUGAAAUCGCUAGAAGAUUUAUCUUGCCAAUACGACAAUACUGUCAGAACAUCUUCCAACGGUAUUGUCCAGUUUACAUAUGGUGGUGAUGGUUUAGAUCCUCUAGAUAUGGAAGGAAAUGCACAACCCGUGAAUUUCAACAGAUCUUGGGAUCACGCCAAUAAUAUCACUUUUAGUCAUGCAGAUGAAGCAUUACUGCCUUAUCAAAUAAUGCAACAAACCGACGAAAUUUUGAAGCCUUUAGAAUCCAAGUUGGUUCGGUAUGAUAACUUAGGCAACAAGCUGUCGAGUGAAAAUGAAAAUAAAAUAGAAUACAUUGACCAAUUUGACGCUGAAAGAAACUUCUACAAGUCAUUGAGAAAUUACAUGUAUGAGAAAGCAUCCGCUUUGGCCAAAAUAAGAGAGAAUAAGGGUCUUGAAGGAUUGUUAGACGAGCCUACUUUAGAUUUCCAAGCUAUCGGUGAACAUGAUGCCCUACAAGAAGCUGGUUUGACUGCUGUCGGACAGCUGUGUAAAAUUGGUCGCCGUCUAGUGGACAAAUUUUUAAGCAUUGCAAUUUUCAAAUAUCAUAAAGCCAAAGUAGAACCAGGUACCGCUGUUGGUGCUAUUGGUGCACAUUCUAUUGGUGAGCCCGGUACACAAAUGACUUUGAAAACUUUUCACUUUGCUGGUGUUGCCUCUAUGAACGUUACGCUUGGUGUUCCCCGUAUUAAAGAAAUUAUUAAUGCAUCUAAAGUCAUUUCAACUCCUAUUAUUAAUGCUGUCCUGGUGAACGACAACGAUGAAAGGGCAGCGCGUGUUGUUAAAGGUAGAAUUGAGAAAACCUUACUUUCGGAUGUUGCAUUUUACAUUCAAGAUGUUUACAAGGAUAAUUUAUCAUUUCUUCAAGUUAAAAUUGACCUAGGGACAAUUGAAAAGCUUCAACUGGAGCUAACUAUCGAAGAUAUUGCUGUUGCCAUUACCAGGGCUCCUAAGCUGAAGAUUGCUGCUUCUGACGUGAGUAUUAUCGGAAAAAACAAGAUUAACAUUAACGUUUAUCCAGAAGGGUCUAAACUGAAAUCGAUAUCGACUUCUGCAAAGGAACCACUUGAAAAUGAAAUUUUCUAUAAGAUGCAACAUUUACGUCGCUCUUUACCUAACAUUGUUGUCAAAGGUCUACCUGACAUUGCAAGAGCGGUUAUCAACAUUCGUGAUGAUGGCAGAAGAGAACUUCUUGUUGAAGGAUAUGGUCUCCGUGAUGUUAUGACCACGGAUGGUGUGAUAGGUUCACGUACCAAAACUAACCACAUUUUGGAAGUUUAUAGCGUUCUGGGUAUUGAGGCCGCUAGAACAAGUAUUGUUGGCGAAAUUGACUACACAAUGAGCAAUCACGGUAUGAGUGUCGACCCUCGUCACGUCCAAUUACUAGGUGAUGUCAUGACCUACAAAGGUGAAGUUUUGGGUAUUACACGUUUCGGUUUAAGUAAAAUGAGAGACUCUGUGUUGCAACUCGCAUCGUUUGAGAAGACGACCGAUCAUUUGUUUGAUGCGGCUUUCUACAUGAAGAAGGAUGCUGUCGAGGGGGUUUCAGAAUGUAUCAUUCUGGGUCAAACAAUGACUAUCGGGACAGGUGCUUUCAAGGUAGUCAAGGGAACAAAUAUUGCACCAGAGGAUUUAGAGCCAAAGCCCACUCUCUUUGAAAGCCUGUGCAGCUGCAACACUACGCUGAAAGUCAACUAG